AUGGAUGAUGAUAGAGACAAGCUCCAAAUAGAAAUAAAACUUCUUCGAGAGAUGCAAUUGGAACUCCGCCCUAAGAGUACUAAAGAGAUGUUAUCAAAAGAGGAAGGUGAAGCAGAAUUGAAGGCCUAUGAAGAGAUCAAAAAGCGCACUAACGGAAGUUGCUCUAAGGAUGUGACUAUUGAAAAUGAAAUAAAAAACAACACUGUUUCUGAAGAUUACCUGAAAAAGAUUGGAGAUCUCAAGGAAGAUUCCAUAUCACUAGACUUGAUUCAUGAAACAAGUGAAUUAUCAGUUUAUAUUGAUAGGCGAUACCUUGAUGAAUUAAUUUUUGGUGUUAAAUGGAUCUCCACAUCUAUCUUGUCUUUAUGGUGCUCAUAUCUACAUGGCAUUUGUAUCUCUAAGAAUGUCAGUGAACUAUUUGGGUUUCUUGAUCCAAAUAGGACACUAAUUACCACUAGAGAGUUCAGUGCUAUUAAAUCUUACAUACAAGAUAAGUUGGAUGACGAGUCACAAAAAUGUUACUUAGGACCAUUGUUAAAUGAUUGUAUGUUAUUUGUCCCCAAGAUAAUGAUAACUUUUGGAUAUCAGUUAUUAAGAGGUGUUGAGAAUAAGAAGUCUAAUUGGAAAAUUGUCAAGAUAUUUACAGACACAUCACCAUAUGAAAAAGAGAUAAUCGACCAUAUUCGGCAACUUUGGGCUCAAGUAUUUUUGCAAAUGGUUGAAAAUCAAAAGGUUGAGGAGCAAAAUCUACAAAAUCAAAUGCAAAUGGUUGAAGAGGAUAAGGACAUAGAAAUAUUGCCAAAACAAAAGUCAAAGAAGAAGAAGAAAAUUUAUAUAUGA